AUGGACCCUGCUGAGGCCAUAGUCAUGAAGGAUACCUGCGAGACCUUUCGUCGAGGUUUGCAGGCUUUUCGAAAAGCUCGAGACUGGGCUAAAGAACAUCGCGACCAUCUCAUAACAACUGCGAAUGCCAUUGCACCUUGGGAAGAAACGGACUUCCACGGAAGCCUCCUUUUCAGAGGAACAGAUUUCGCAGCCACGCAAGCAAUCACAACAACAUUUUGGGUUCAGCUCUCGAGGAUCCAGCUCACAAAACGCGCACUAGAUGAGCUUAACAGACGAUCAUCAAAUUCCAGUCCCUCUCCCAAACUGACAACCCAACCCUUAUCCAGCCCGUCCUCUCGAGAUGAACUAGCUCGCCUGAAACGCUUCUCCAGACUCGGAGGACCUGAUCUUCGCGAACUGAUUGGGUAUCAACACCCUCUGGCGCGAAGAGGACGAUCGAGGUCAGGUUAUCGCCAAUCAAAUGGACCACCAAAACAGGCUUAUACACCACAUUCUUCGCUACGCACAGCAUCUGAAAAACACUCAUCGGCGUAUGACGCCAACUUUGAACAAGCACUUAUUGAUGUUGGGAUUUAUCCUGUCGGAUAUCCCGGACAUCGUGAUCGGCGACCGAAGAAUCUGGAUGUUAUUACAAACAGGCUGGAGAGGCGAAGGGAAUCAAUCUCCCAGUUUGACGACGAAAUCUUCGACGAUUUUGUACAAAGAAACCAUGACGCCAGGAGUGAGAAGACUGUGAUGAGCAAUGUUUUCCCAAUUGUUCGAGGUUCGGCAGACAUUCCAUUUGGAGAAGAUAAACUUUUUGGAAAUUUGGAGCCGCUGGCUGAUGGGGUUGUUUCGGCAAAACCGGACUUUUAUGAUGGAUCUCUUGUAGCAGACUGCGACAAGAAGAUUCGCCAACUACUCAGCUCUUCUAUUAUUCCUUCAACUCAAGAACAUCUCCCCAUAGCACCCAACUUCUUCUGUGAGGUGGGUGAGCGGCAAGCCUUGUAUAACGGGGCCGUUGGUGCCCGUGCAAUGCAUACUCUUCAAGGAUUCGGUAGGGAAGCAACGUAUGAUAACAAUGCUUAUACCAUCACUUCGCUUUACCACUGCGGCCAUCUUCAACUGUAUACCGUGCAUCCCUUGAAGUCUGCACACCCAGCGAGAGAAACAGAUUAUCAGAUGACCCUGUUGAGGUCAUACUCAUUGAAGGAUACCUGCGAGACCUUUCGUCAAGGUGUGCAAGCUUUUCGAAAUGCUCGAGACUGGGCUAAAGAACAUCGCGAUCACCUCAUCUCAACGGCGAAUGCUAUUGCACCGACGCUGCCGCACUUGUUGCCCUAUGCUGCUGGAACCGACUUCCAGGAUUCGGACACAUCUACGGAUGAGCUGGCUCAGCUACCCACAUCAAGGAAGAGAGUAUUGUCCCAUGGAAAUCAAUCAGUUGGGCCAGCUGAUCGGGAAAAGUCAUCUCGCACCACGUAG